CCUCUAUAUUUCGCUUUCUGGUGACCCGCGUGCUGGUACCGGCGCUGUACCGACCUGUUACGUUAUGGCGACAGACGGGUAACGCGCCACGCAUUUGUGGGGCGACCGUUGUCGCCCGCCAUGCCCGGUGUAUAAGAAGCAAGACACGUACCGCGACACGAUGUUUUCGUGCUUUAUAAUAGCGUCGAGUCGAAACUUCCAUUGCGCUGCUCCUGCUGUCGUUGCUCGCUAGCUGUUGUCCCGCCGCAUCGACACGAUGACAUCACUCCCAGCUUUGGUCCCUUUCGCUGCACUCCCAGCUUUGGUCCCUUUCGCGGCACUCGCGAGUACAGGACGGCUGCUGGGCAGCAUGUCAGGGCUUGUGUGCGGGGCUCAGCGUCGCCUGCCCGCUCACACAGCCUUCGCGCGCAGCCAUGGCACGGCAACAGGUCAUGCCGGAAUUGUCGGUGGUGCGGGCCUGAGUCAUGUCAAGGAUGCCGCCCAGGCCUUCGGCGCCAACCAGUCGUCAUCAAGCCCCUCCUUCGCCACCUCGGGCGUGGCCCCGCACCCAGGCAUGAAGGCCCCCAGCCCACCCACCGAUGACGAAGUCGAGGCCUGCUGGCGUCCGGUGUACGACACUGCGUAUCUGGAGAAAGUCAAGCCCUUCCACAUCACCCCCGAGCGGCUGUACCAGCGCAUUGGCUUCCGAGCCAUCAUGGCCGCCCGGUGGACCUUCGACAAGCUGACAGGCUACGGCCCCAACAUGACCGAGGCUAAAUGGCUGCAGCGCAUGAUCUUCCUGGAGACCAUUGCUGGCGUGCCGGGCAUGGUGGCCGGAGUCCUGCGUCACCUUAAGUCCCUGCGCUCGAUGAAGCGCGACCACGGCUGGAUCCACACCCUACUGCAAGAGGCUGAGAACGAGCGCAUGCACCUGCUGACGUUCUUCGAGCUGCGCAAGCCCGGUCCCCUGUUCCGCGCAUCCAUCAUUGUUGCGCAGGGCGUGUUCUGGAACCUCUACUUCAUCGGCUACCUGGUAUCGCCGCGCACCUGCCACGCCGCGGUGGGCUUCUUGGAGGAGGAGGCUGUCAAGACCUACACACACGCGCUGCAGGAGAUUGACGCCGGGCGGCUUUGGAAGGGCAAGGUGGCGCCGCCCAUCGCGUGCGAGUACUGGGGCCUCAAGCCCGGCGCGUCCAUGCGCGACCUCAUCCUGGCCGUCCGCGCCGAUGAGGCUUGCCACGCGCACGUGAACCACACGCUGUCCGGCCUGCCCGCCACCGCCCCCAACCCCUUCGCGUACGGCGCCAGCCAGCUGCCGUAGCGAAGGAGCCAGCUCAACCGCGCCUUUCUGUUGCUGUGGCAAUAAUGCGGCCGCUCGGCCGAUGAUGCACGAACAGUGCGUGCGCGCAUGCGUGCUCCUGUGCCUUCUUUACUUUAUCAACUGUUAGCAAUGGACUGUCACAAUGUUGGAGUGCAGAUGAUCACUUGAACUGUAGGAGCUUAGCCGCAGCAUGGCGUGAAGAGGCCAUAAAGUGCCAAUGUGCGUGCGUGCGGGGAGGCAAGCCAAAUGCAUUCGUACUCUUAUCGCUUAGGGUUUAGUACGAGGCAUACUGAGUUUCAGGACCCGGAUGGCAGUACCAGAUGUGGACGCGUUAGCUUGGACCAGGGGAGGGGCAGAUAGAGAGGUAGCGUGAGGCAGAUCCGGCGCUCUUGCAACAUGCAUGGCGUACGAUGUACCUGGGGUUGCGGUUUAUUUCCUGGUAUGUUGUCUGUGUGUGCACGCAAAUACUUGCUGUUGUGUGUGCACUCAUCCUUGUCAAAGGUCUCCGAACCACAGUAGGGGGGCUGUUGAUGAGGACAUGGGGCAAAGUAGGGCCAAGUCAGAGCCCACAGGCGGGCGUAGCAACCCGUAGAACAGAAGAAGAGAUAGGCAGCAGCAGACAAAGGAAACCGACAGGGCAUGCAGGGUGUGUGAUGGGACAGGGUUCAGGCAGGUUGGCGAGGUCCCAUAGGGUGCAGCUGACGCCCUAGGGCAUGCAGGGUAUCAAAGGAAACGGAGCACGGAGCACGGUGGCAUGCUGGCAAAGGCAUGGGAUGAUGGGUACCACUGUGGCGCACAAGAAGGGAGUGUCAGCCACGCAUGGACCUGCAUGGACAGGGAUGUUCCUGGGGG